UUAGCCGCUGGGAUAAGAGUCAAGUCAUCCUCUGCACCUUCACGAGUCCUUAAAAUAGUGGGAGACGGCCUAAAACCACCUUAAAAUUGCAAAAAUAGUCGAGGAAGUGUCACGCUCCGCCACCACCACCACCACCAACUUGGCGGCGCCACAGUUGCUGCAGCGCCUGGUCCACGUCCCUCACUGCCGCAGCCACCUCGGGGGAUAGCGGGCCCUUGUAGUGUCCCCUCGUGUCCACGCUGCCCUCGUACACCUGAGAGAAGAGCCCUGGUUGACGCAGGUGAGAACCCUCACAAGUACAAGAACAAAGCCGCAGCGUACGAUACCACCACCACCCCCAGCCGGCACGUCGGUCUCGGUCUGGACAGAUGUAAACAGACAAGACAUUGCGUAAAAGGAAGGGAAACACGCGGAGAGGAAAUGGUAACUCUCUCCCCUUGAAGCUUGAGAAGGACGUGCAGGAGGAGGACACAGCGAGCCACAGCCAUGACGGAGGUCCAGCCAGUGCAGCAGAUGGUGUCCUCCUGUUCUGGAGCGAUAAUAACUUCGGUAUUCAUGACUCCCUUUGACGUCGUUAAGGUUCGCCUACAAGCCCAGCAGAGAGCCGAGCUAGCCCAGAAAUGUUUUCUAUACUGCAACGGUCUGAUGGACCACAUCUGCAAGUGUGCCGAGACGCUCUGCACCCACACACAUGAAGGGCCGUGGUACAAUCGCCCCGUGCCAGUGCAACUCAACGGAACACUGGAUGCAUUUGUAAAGAUUUCCCAGCAAGAAGGCGUUCAGUCCCUAUGGUCGGGCCUCUCCCCGACACUGGUGGUGGCUGUGCCCAACACUGUCAUCUAUUUCACAACCUAUGAGCAGCUGCGUUCCCUCUUUCAUCGUGUCAUGCUGCCGGAGGGCUCUGAGCCAUCCUCCCUCAUUGGUGGCAUGGCGGGCGGCCUGGCCAGGGUGUGGUCGGUGACGGUGGUAUCUCCCUUUGAACUGGUGCGGACUAAGAUGCAGGCGGCUCAGAUGACUUACAGAGAAUUGGCAGUAGUGUUAAGGAAUCAGGUGAGCAGCUCAGGUGUGCGCAGUCUUUGGCGUGGGUGGGUCCCCACUGUCCUCAGAGAUGUCCCCUUCUCAGUGUUGUACUGGCUAAGUUAUGAGAAGCAGAAAAUCCUCAUGAACCAGCAGUGUCCGUCCUUCCAGUUCACUCUUGUUGCUGGUGCCGUGUCUGGCGGGAUUGCUGGCACCCUCACUCUCCCUCUAGAUGUGAUCAAGACGCACAGACAGAUUGAAAUUGGUGAGGAGAUGUUUUCAGAAGUAGAACGUGCUAGGAGUUCCAGAUCAACAUGGGGGAUGCUGGAGUACAUCUACCAGCAGCAGGGAGUGCGUGGCCUGUUCUCCGGUCUUGUGCCCCGCCUGGCUAAGGUCAUGCCUGCCUGCGCCAUAAUGAUCUCCACCUAUGAGUAUGCCAAGAAGUUCUUCCGCAAUAGGAGGCAGCUCAUGGCGGAGAAGGGCGCCUCUGCUUCGUAGGGGAAGCGUCACAAGAAUGAGAUGUGUCUUAUUGCUGAAGGGGGAAUGUAGGGGUUGGAUUUUGUACCAGAGGGAAGUUGCAGUGCUGUGGUUAGUAAUAUAAGGACUGAAAUUGUAUGUAAAUAUGUGCAAGAUUUAUCAUAGUUUUAUAUGAUAAUGUUAUUUAAUUAGCUCAAAUAUAUUUCCAUAAAAUAUUACAUUUAAUCUAGUCCAUCUGUAUUGGUGAAGUUGAUGCCACAACUCUGCUACACUGGCAGUGUUUGGGAGGGUUGUGCUGGAGCCUCUGUGGUGACAGCAAGGCCAGUGAAUUAUCCUCAGAAUGUUUCAGACGUUUAUCAAAGACACUGCUUCAUGUUGUGAUUGCUACCUUGCUAUGUAAGCUCUGUGUAUCUGUUGACCAGUCACAAAUUUUUCUUGUUUAUUUUUUUCACGUGUUUGGUGUUGAGAACAUCAACACUGUUGUGCUUCUUAUGCUGUCUUUAUAAGUGAUGUGGCCUUCAGUGUUGGCCAGAUGUGGCAAUACUGUACCUCAUUAUACUCAAAAAUUACAAAUGUUUAUCUUAUUCCAAAGUUAAAAAAAAUAUAUAUACAAUGAGGAA